AUGGUGGAUCUUGCUGCUGUCCUCAGUUCUGAACUCCUGAGCAAGGGCAGUGAGAGCAGGCGUAGCAACAAGGGGAGAAGGGAUGGCUCCACGGAUGGAGCUCCUGUGUGUGUGUUAGUUCUUCUGCUCCAUGGCUCAAAGACUGUCAUGGAUGCCCCCACCGGCCCAGAGGUGUGGCUGUGCCAGCAGGCGUCCAGGUGUGGGGACAAGAUCUACAACCCUUUGGAGCAGUGCUGUAAUGACGACACCAUCCUGCCACUGAACCAGACCAACCUCUGUGGCCCUAACUGCCCCUUCUGGCCCUGCUUUGAGCUCUGCUGCCCCGAGUCCUUUGAUCCCGAGAAGUAGUAUGUUGUGAAGCUGAAGAUUCUUGGUGUGAAGUCCCAGUGCUGUUCCUCCCCCAUCUCUGGGGACAGUGCCAGCAGAAAGAUGUUUCCUCAUUGAGAAAACUAUUGAAGAAAGUAAAUUUCCACUAAGGCAGCUUGGAAUGGAAGGCUGGGGCAGGCAUCAGAGUCCGGGCAACGAAGAGCCUGGGGUCCCCACCGGGGAGAGACCUUGGCUGACGACCACGUGAUCUUCCCACUGUGCUCCAUUUUAGCGCCUGCCCAUUAUCUCAGCCAUUGCUCCCUUGUCCUUCGGUCCUGAUUCACCACCCUUGCUGAUCCGUGUCAGUCAGUCAGCUCAGGGAGGUACCAUGC